AUGUCCGACAACAAGGGGUUUAUGGCUCAGCCCGGACUGCCCAGUUCCUUCGCCUCCCCCGGGGGACCAGGCCAAGCAGCGGGUCUGGUGCCUCGGCUGCAACUGGGCCUUUCCUCUCCCUCGGGAGAGGGUAGCUGGAGCGAGAUCAUGGGUGCGCUGAAUUCCCUCCGCCAGAAGCAACUGGCGUCAGCCACCCCCGUCACCCAGGGCCGCUGUGCCAAAUGCCACGGCCUCUUUCCGAUCGCGACAUUUGUCGGCCCGGACCGGUUGCUCGAAGUCAACUGCGAGGAGUGUCGUAAGGCCAACAACGACAAGGUGAGUACACCACUUUGGUGGCUGGAUGAUGGCUCGGAGAAUUAA